UACAAUAUGCAUAUAAGAGGUGUUUAAGAAGAGGGAGUCUCAUGUAGCAGUUUCGGCCCCGGGGUGCAUUUAAAUAUUAUAAUAGACGAGGUAUUGGUGUCAAAAGAAUUUCGCAUCAUCUCGUUAACCCCGAGUCAACUACCUUUGAAGGAACCAUUUGUUAAAAAACAAAUGUUCCAGUUAAAAAAUAAAAUACUAAAAGUAGGGUCGUAAGCGAAAGUUUAUCGAAGCGCGUUGCAACAGGUGAACAAGUAUUUUGAAUACACAUUUAUAGGCUCACAUAAUGCAUGCGCAACCGCUAAAGUACUAAAAAUCUCAAUAAAAGGGGUGUGCCAGUUUUUUAACCCUCUUGCCAUUUAUAUAUUCAUCAUAUCCGCCGCGCAUGUUUAGUAAGUAUAUGCAAAAUGGCGCAACCGACCGUGACUAAACGCGUACAAUGCGAAAAUCAAAUAUGUAACACUGUUAGUAGACACUUGUAAUUAACUCACACUCGAAUUUUUUAUGAUUAUUUAAUUUAUAAAAUACAACGUUCGUAUUAGCCUAUGAUUGCGGGAAGUAAUUGUAAUAGUUAUUGUUUUUAGCCGCUUACCGACGAGAUCUUUAUGUUGGUCACCUGUCUCUUGCUAGUGCCAAAGAGAUUAUUUAAAUAAAACUGACUGACCCUUGACACAGCAAACGAGUCAUUUGGCUGCACUGAGUGUUUAGUUGGAUUGUUAUGUCAGAUUUUAAAAUAAAAACAAAUCAUAGUGAGCAUAAAAAUAAAAACCAUACCAACUGACUACAAUUACAAUAUUGUUAUUAUUUUUUACUCACAAUUGUGCGCAAUUUAAUAAAAACGACUCCGCAAUUAUAAAAUCUUUUUAUUCCUAUACCUAUCAAUAAACGACGGGAGAAUUGAUUUUGACGACCACUGUUAUUGAUAACAGUGAACAUGUACAGUUAAAAUACUAUCAUUAACGAGAUUUUUAUAAAAUCCAAAAAAUUUAUUAUCAAAAUAUGGACGCCUAAAAAGACCGUAACUAUGAACGAUUUCAAUGGUAAAUGUGUAUCUAAUGUAUAAUGUUGUCCCAAUAAGAUGAUUGCUAUGCCAAAAUAGUUUGGCAAAAAAGCAGAAUUUUCAGUAGAACUGCAUUACACACACAUAGAAUGCAUUAGGAUUGAUUCAAUAAUUAAAUUGUAUAUGUAUUCGCCGCAUCUAAUCCACACUAUCGAUGGUAAUAACACAAGAAAAUUGGACACAAUUGAAUUUUUGUAUUAUAGUCGUUGUCAUACAAAUAGAAAUUAUAUUAACCACGACGAAUCUUGUAUUUACACUGCAGAGUAACAAUGAGCUUUGCGGCCGUUUACACAUAGAAGACCAUUUGUCAGGUACCGAAAAUGGUUUUCUUAAACACAAGUAUACGAGAUCUCAACUUGUGCCAUGCAAAGAAAUUUUACUUGAUCCCAAAACCCUGCUUGAAUCAUCUAAAGAAAAAGAGAUUACAGUUCGAGAAGCAGCAGGAUGUAGUAGUCUUAUGGGUACACAAGGCUAUCAAAGAUGUCACUGUAAGAUGAAGUGUAAAACAAAUAAAUGCACCUGUCAAGUAGUUGGGAAAUUAUGCAAUUCGAAAUGUCACAGUUCAUUAUCAUGUGAAAAUAAAUAAUAAUAUAAAAAUGUAAAUAUAAAUAACAUGAUUAACUAAUAUUGUUUGGAAUUAUCGUAAAUCCUAAGUAAUUAACGUUAUAAAGCUUGUAAAGUAUUCAUUAUUAUCUAUUAACGUUAAUUGCUAGUUAAUAACGUCAAUAUAAAUUUAA